CCAGAUAUCGGAGAAAAGCACAGCGGGUCGAGACCUGCAACGACGAAGUGAAGCCCCCUCACGUUCAGCGACGUCGUUGUGCUGUGCGCCGCCUUUCGACAUUACAGCACCGCGUGCAGCGAGACCUGCUGCCUGGCGCACGGCCUUGAAUCCUUCCGGCGUAUAAAAGAGCUGUGCAGCCCAUGGCUUCCCAUCGCUCCAUUCACCAAGCACUCUCCAAGCCCCUACACAUCAGUGCGGCCACGACUCUUCUUGUUGCUCAAAUUCCCCAGGACAGGACAAGACAGCUCAGGACACGACAAGACAACCCAGCGAGCAACACCCGAGAGGGGACGGGAUUCCCAACCAACCCCAGCGGUGAACGAUCGUUGUCACGCAGUGGGCGCACAAUGGAGACGCUUGCCAAGCGCGUCGUGUUCGUGGCGCUCCUCGUCCAGGCCGCUCUGCUACCGAUGCUCUCCAUGGCGGCUGACGCCGAUCCCAUCCAGGACUUCUGCGUCGCAGACGCCUCCAGCACGCUCACCAUCAACGGUCUGGUGUGCAAGCCCGCGGCCGACGUGAAGGUGAACGACUUCCUGUUCAGGGGCCUCGACAAGCCCGGCAACACCGGCGGCCCCACUGCCAACGCCGUCACGCCCGUGGCCGCCGCUCAGCUCCCCGGCCUGAACACUCUGGGCAUCUCCCUGGCUCGCCUGGACUUCGCCAAGGGCGGCAUCAACGUACCCCACAUCCACCCUCGCGCCACCGAGGUCCUGGCGCUGCUGCAGGGGGAGCUGUACGUCGGGUUCGUCAGCACCACCAACAACACGCUGUUCGCCACCACGCUGUACGCGGGCGACGUGUUCGUGUUCCCCAGAGGGCUGGUCCACUUCCAGCUCAAUGUGGGCAAGGGCGCGGCGGUGGCCAUCGCGGCGCUCAGCAGCCAGAACCCGGGAGUGCAGCAAGUGGCGCCGGCGCUGUUCGCAGCCAACCCUCCCAUCAACGACGAGGUGCUGGAGAAGGCGUUCCACCUGAACCAGAACCAAGUCCAGCACAUCAAGGCCAGCUUCGUCAAGGCUUGAGCGUCACCACACAGCGCCGUCCAAUUGCUCUCGUACCUUUGAGCGCACGCGCAUCCAGGAGGUAGCGCAUUGCAACGCCUCGGAUUCGUCCCAAACCGACUGCACGCGCAGCUGGCAUGGCAUGGAGGCCGCGCGUCUGAGCACCACAACAGCACGAAGCAUAUGUACGCCCUGUUAGUUGUAGUUGAGGCUGUAGUGAGUGGAGAAGUAGGCUAGGUUUGCGCCAGAGUCGACGGCCGUCGCUGCGAACUGAGCUGUCGGCGUUGUUCUAUAGCCUAGCCUAGUGUAGUGUGCAUUCAUCGUGGGGCGACGUUGUGUCUCGCUUUCACGCCCUCCAUCAGCCAAGAUUCUAUUCAACCAAGUGCUGGCAUCACACCUGGGAUCCCAUUCCGGCCUUCCUUGAGCUGUUGUUUUGUGCAUGAUUGUGGGAGUGGACAAGAAGACUAGUCAAGUGUGAUGCAUAUGAUCGGUACGCUUGUGGUGGGUGCAACGCUUGGGAUUGGAGUAGUGCUUCGGAUUUCGUGAAUCAAGCGAUCCGGGUCCAGGGAAUUGACAAAGCCGGUCACAGGGGAACGACAGAAGUGUCUGGGGAGAAACGAUGCUGCUCCUCCAUGUGGCACAAUCUGGAGGCGGACAAGAAUGUCGGAGGCAACGACUGAAUCAUGGGUUUUUGGGAUGGUUUAGAUCCGUAGAAGCCAUGUCGGUGUACGCAUACGAGUGCGACACAUGCUGGUAUCACCCACAGUUUGUGUGCUUCGAUUUUCAUUUAAUCUAGCCAGAACGACCUUCCAAUCAGGUUGUGUAUGUGUGUACAUACGCACAUACACACAGAUGAGACAUGUAGCGUCUAUGAUUAGGUGUAUGGAUGUUGAAACUUACAGGGGUUGUUAAAGAACCAUGGAAACGGAAUGAAUAGCUGCUUUGUCUUUUUGUUUUAUUUA